CAGGCGGCGGGGGGGAGGGGCGCCUCCGUGGGCGUUCGGGGCCGCGCUCGCACAGUCCCGGCGGCGGCGACGGCGUGAGGUCCCCAAGUUUGGCGGCGAGGGCGCGGAUCCCCCGCGCCGGUCCCCUCCUCUGCCGCCGGGGCCGCGGCGCGCCGUGUCUUCUCGUCACAGUUUAUCUGGGCGAGUUUCUAAUGGCGGACGCGGAGCGGGCAGGUCUAGGGCUCCGGGCCAGUGCGGGGGUUUCCGCCCCGGGGCGACGCGAGUUUCCCGCGAGUGGGUCCGGGCACGACGGGGACGGCGGAGGGACCAGGAAUCGCCUUCAGGCCAGUGUGGUGGACGUUUGUCUGAAGCCGAGGAGGACCGCGUCGCCACAGUUCUUUGGCAUAGAUAAAUGUUCAGCGGGAGGAUUAGACUUGACUGAACCGACUCCUUUUUUAUCAGGGAGUAAAGCCAUGGCAGCUAGUUUCAUGGACGUAGCAUUUGGUGACCCAGCUAGUUCUUUAGUUAAUAGAUCUAGAAACUCGUCAGCGGAGGAGGAUGAUGAUGAUGUUGUAUUUAUUGAAUCUAUACAACCUUCUUCAAGUUCUGCUCCAGUAAUAGCUGAUCAAAGAAAUUUUAUAUUUGCUGCAUCAAGAAAUGAAAAGCUACAAGGAAAUUAUUCCAUAAUUCUUCCUUCCUCAAGAGAUUUGGCUUCUCAGAAAGGAAGUAUAAGUGAGACAAUUGUCAUUGAUGAUGAAGAGGACAUGGAAACAAAUGGAAGGGAAAAGACAAUUUCUUCUAGUUUUAUUGAAUGGGCACUUCCUGGAAGUAAAAACAGAACCAAAGAUUUGGAUUUCUCCACUUCCAAUCUUUCAAGAAGUAAGACCAAGACUGCAGUAGGACCUUUUAAUCCUGGUAGAAUGAAUGUGGCAGGAGACGUAUUUCAGAACGGAGGAUUUACAGCUCAUCACAGUCCUGAUUCUUGGAUCUCCCAGUCAGCAUCCUUUCCCCGAAAUCAGAAACAGCCAGGGGUGGAUUCUUUAUCACCAGUGGACUCACUUCCUAAACAGAUCUUCCAGCCUUCUGCCCAACAGCAACCCACUAAACCAGCUAAAAUCACUUGUGCAAACUGCAAAAAGCCUUUACAGAAGGGACAGACAGCUUAUCAGCGAAAAGGAUCAGCUCACCUCUUCUGUUCUACCACCUGCCUCUCUUCCUUCUCUCAUAAGCAUACUCCAAAGAAACGCAAGGUGGCAUGUAAAAAAGGUGCACCUGCAAAAAAGGCUACUCUUGUUCCUCAAGGGGAGCCAAGUGGGUCCUUCCAAAAAUGUUGUGGUACAUCUUCGUCUCCCUAUGAAGAUAACCAGAAUCUUCGAAAAAGAGUUCUGAAUAAAUCAAGAUGUACAAUCUGCAGUAGAGUAACAGAGAUUCGGCACGAAGUCAGCGUUAACAAUGUAACACAUAAGCUGUGCAGUAACCAGUGCUUUAACAAGUACAGGUUGGCCAAUGGUCUAGUGAUGAAUUGCUGUGAGCAGUGUGGGGAGUACCUGCCCAGCAAAGGUGCUGGAAACAACGUCCUGGUCAUUGAAGGUCAGCAGAUGAGAUUUUGCUGCCAAAGUUGUGUUAACGAAUAUAAACAGAUGAUGGAAACAAACUCAAAAAAAGUGCUAGCAUCAGAAAACAGAAAAAGGAAUGCUGUUAGAGAAGAAAAUGAAAGAGAAUUGUAUGGGUCAUUGAAUCUACUUUUGGAAAAAAUAGAAAGAACACCAGUGAAAAAGGAAAAGACUUCAGAACUACACGUUUCAGCAGAAUGUAGCGAAGAUACAUCAUUGGUCCAACAGGAUGUGAAUUUACCUCCUUCUGUGUCAACCAUAGCCGAUAAAUUUCAAGAGCAACUAGAAGAGAAACAAUCAGAAGAGUCCAUUACACCAGCUGUGCUUUCUGCAGAUCCAGGUACGUGGCCCCGAAUUUUGAGUAUUAAAGCAAGGGACACUCUAGUUGAAAACGAUCCACCUCAAGUGAGAAAUUUUAACUUUCCGAAGGACAGUACAGGGAGGAAGUUUUCAGAAACUUACUAUACAAGAAUUCUUCCAAAUGGUGAAAAAACCACUAGAUCCUGGUUACUUUAUUCGACCUCGAAAGAUUCUGUGUUUUGUCUAUAUUGCAAACUCUUUGGGGAAGGAAAAAAUCAACUAAAGAAUGAGAAUGGGUGCAAAGAUUGGCAGCAUCUAUCACAUAUUCUUAGCAAACAUGAGGAGAGUGAAAUGCAUAUCAACAAUAGUGUUAAAUAUUCAAAAUUAAAAUCUGACUUGAAAAAAAGUAACACUGUGGAACACAGAUUACAGGAGAACGUGGGAAAGGAGGGCGUGAAGCUGUUAUACGCCUUAGACCUGAUCUGACAUGAUGAGGUCGCACGCUUACUCCGACCGCUACCCUGACGGUCGGUGCCUCUGUGCUGAGGCUCCCAGACGGAGUGAUUCAUCAGCUCGUCAGCAAUAAGCAUCAUAGCAAGUAACUGGUAAAGAUGGUUUCUGCUCCAAAUUCUAAAGCUAAUUGGAUUUGUAGUGAUUAAUGCCGAUUUCAGUGAAGGCGAUUGUUGAUCUUUUCAGUUUUUCAAUUCACACCUUUUAAAAUGGGCACUUCAGGACUGACAUUUGACUGGUGUGGCUAAUGCUCUGAAAGAGGGAGGGAAAGACUUGAA